AUGUUCUGCUGCACCCAGUACCUUCAAGAUGUGAACUGUCCAUUCAGCGCUCAGGAAAGACAGGAGACUGUUGACUGGCUGCUGGGUCUUGCUGUUCGUUUUGAGUAUGGAGACAAUGUGGAGAAAUAUCGAAACUGCAAACCUUUGACGGAGGCCAGUGAUGCUCAAAAGUCUGUAGACCCAUUAAUUAAUCUGGACAGUAACAAUCCAGAUUUUAAGGCUGGUGUAUUGGCUCUUGCUAAUCUACUCAAAAUUCAGCGGCAUGAAGACUAUUUGGUAAUGCUUAAAGCCAUUAGGAUCCUGAUACAGGAACGUCUGACCCCUGAUGCUAUUGCAAAGGCCAGUCAAGCAAAAGAGGGUUUACCAGUGGCUCUUGAUAAGCAUAUUUUAGGAUUUGAUACCGGAGAUGCGACUCUGAACGAAGCGGCCAGGGUUCUUCGCCUGCUUCACAUCGAGGAGCUCAGAGAGUUGCAAACCAAUAUCAACGAGGCCAUCGUGGCAGUUCAGGCCAUCAUCGCCGACCCCAAGACAGAUCACCGCCUCGGAAAGGUGGGCAGAUAAAAACAUCUGCCUGGAGCUUGCCGCAGAGACCACAAGACAUGCUCUGUGAAGUAUGCUUGUUUUCAUUAACCACCCCACAGGUAUUUUGUUUGAAUUCAAAAACUGGAGUGUUAUUUUUUUCUUUAUCAUUCAUUUUCUUUGCCCUGUAAUUGAAAAAAUGCAAAGAUGAAUUAUAAAAUGUAAUUUCAUUGUAGCCUUAUGUAGAGGCACUUAUGAAAUGUCACAUGGGUUUCCAUAAAAAGUUGGACUUUGUUUUUGUUGCAUAAUAAACCUUAAUGCAACGCAGAAAAGUUUUGUAGGCAGACUGUAAGUUUGUUUUACCCUGGAGCAAGAAAUUCAACCUGUUCUGCUUUAUACCUCCAAUUGCGCAUUCUGUAUUU